UAUUAUCCUGUAAACUAUCAUCAAAAGAUGAUGCAAUCAGAAAAUUUUCCCCCUUCAUGGCCAUUCCAUAGUUUCGCCAAUUCAACUAUUGAUCAGUUCGAGCCCUAUAGCCUCAAUAUGGGUGUCCCUUUUGACGUUUGUGAAUUCUCUUCUUCAUUCACUACCAGAAAGGAUUCCUCUGAGAUUUCCUCAAUUUCCCAUUUCUCUACAAUGUUCUCCAGUGAGAUUUUCCCAUAUCCAGCCUGUGAUGAUCAGCUUCAGGUCACAGUGCCAUCGGAGGAUUUUUCAGUCCCCUUUGAGGGGCUUGAAUCUAUGUUGACUGACGGGAUUGAGGAUCUAUAUAACUGUUUGGAUGAGAGCGAAGAAAGUUUUCCGUUGUCACAGCCAUUGUCCUCUCAAAGGCAAUAUGUAUGGAGUCCUAGUCCAUCCAUAAGGUCUAGUGAGGCAUCCACUGAUAUGACAUCAAUGCGAUCAUCACUUAACAUGCCUGGAGAAGCCAUGGAAAUUGAUAAUCAGUUGAGCAUAUUUCAUCUACUCAAGGCUUAUGGAGAAGCUACAGAGAAGAACCAGAAAGACCUUGCAGAGGUGAUCCUGAAGUGUGUCAGUGAGAAAGGUAGUCCAGUUGGUGAAACUUGGGAACGGAUUGCAUUCAAUUUAUCUCAAGAGAUUCAAAAUCAAAGCGAUUAUCUAAUGCAAGAGUCUAGCAAGAACUUUGAGACAGCCUUCUGGGCUUUCUAUCAGAUGUUCCCAUAUGGAAGGUUUGCUCAUUUUGCUGCUAAUUCAGCAAUCCUGGAAGCCAUGCCCAAUGAUGCAGACAUGUUACACAUCGUGGAUUUUGACCUCGGAGAGGGGAUUCAGUGGCCUCCAAUGAUUGAGGCCAUGGCAUGGCAACACAAGACAUUGAGACUGACAUCAAUAAGAUGGGGAGAGGAAGACUUCGCUUGUUGUCCAUGGAGGUUUGAGGACACAAGAAGGCAACUUUGUGACCAUGCCAGGUCUUUUGGCCUAAUGAUAAAAGUGGAGGAAAUGGGAAUAGAAGAGUUGAAGAAAGAGCUCAAGAAAAUGAAGAAACGAGGUGGCGCUAGAGAAUGGUUGGCCUUCAAUUGCAUGGUGGGACUGCCACACAUGGGAAAAGCCAAGAGCAGGAAGCACGUAAAUGAGUUUCUAAACGCAGCUAAAGAACUAUUGCAAAGUUCUGACAACUACAUUAUAAGAAACAGGGGAAUUAUAACAUUCGGUGAUGGAGAUGCUUGUGAAAAACAGAAAGAUUUUUCAGGAUAUGGGACAUUCUUUGAUUGGCAAUUGAUGCACUACCAAGCUGUUUUAGAAUCAAUGCAAUCCAACUUCCCAAAGCAGCUCGUCCAAGCAAGAAUGGCUAUGGAGUGUCUGUUUGUAGGACCCAAUAUCUGUAGCCAAGCUUGGUUCCAAAAGUGGAAGGAGAUAAAUGAAAGUUGCCAUUUCCAGGCAGGUACCAGAUUGGAAGGUUUGAAGGUUAGCACACAGAGAUUAAUGGAAGCUAAAGAAAUAGUGAGAGGAAGGGAAAAUGCAUAUGAGGUGUGCAUUGGAGGGAAUUGUGGAAAUGAAUUAACCUUGGAGUGGAGAGGAAUUAUGCUAGUCAGAGUUUCCUCCUGGAGAAAUUAG